AUGGUUUUUCCCCCAUGUACGCACACCUCUUUCUUCCUCUUUCUGUUCCCAGGGCUAAUCGUUGCCACGCUGGCAAUAUGCUGGAUGCCAAACCAGGUUAGAAGGAUCAUGGCUGCUGCUAAACCAAAGCAGGACUGGACCGUCCCCUACUUCAGAGCAUACAUCACUCUUCUUCCCAUCGCCGACAUCUUCUUCUACCUCAGCUCGGUGGUGAACCCCCUCCUGUACAACAUCUCUUCUCAGCAGUUCCGCAGCGUGUUUCUCCAGGUCCUCCGCUGCCGCCUGACGAUACAGCACGCCAACAAGGAGAAGUUUCUCAGAGCCAACCUGAGCUCCAGCGCGAGGAGCAGCCGGUCUCUGCGCCCGCUGCUCUUCAUUUCGUCCAGGCGCAGUUCUUCUACAAGGGGCAAUAACAAAGUUUUCUUAAGUACUUUUCAGCAUGAGACCAAGCCUGACCGCAGUCCACAGAAACCAGGUCUUGAACCACUAGAGCCCAGCUCGGAAGCAGUGCCACUAGGGACUAGCUCCGAGCCCAGUCCAGACGCACAGAACGGCCUUUGUGAACAUCAAGUAUGA